AAUCCCUUCAAGGACAAAAUGGUAAUCUACUUGCAUUUAAAAAAGCUUGUAAGCCGUUACUUACACCACCACAAAAUCGACCGUUAGUCACAUUUAAAAACUCCAAACUUGACAUGACCGUUGCAAAACCCGCUCCCUUCUCUAUUCUUUAACUAAGAUCUCAACAAUUCUCCCCCAAAGCUCAAACAACAAUUCUCCCCCAAAAUCCCAUGAAAAUGGAUUCAAAAAAACAGCAUCCACUCGACCAAAUAGCAGAAACCCCAACUCACAAACUCCUCCUAAAGCAGUGGCUGAAAGAGCAAGACCUAAUACUCGGCCGAAUCUCCCUAAAAGAGUCCCAAAUCGACGGUGUCCGAAAAGAGAUCACCAACCUCUACACCAUCUUCUUCCUCUUCCACUCGCUCUCACUGCUGCUGCUAUUCAACAUCUCUUUUGCCAAUACUUCUGCCUGUAAGAAAUCGUGGGUGCCGUCUCUCUGCUCAUUGCUGUUCUCGAUGUCGGUGAUUUGGGCGGUCCGGUACAAGACCGAUGUCGAGGGGCAUCUGGAGAAGCUUCUGGAGAGGGAGAAGGAGGACUGGAAAUUGCUUGGAAAAUGUGUUGAGGAGUUGAAGAGAAAAGGGAUCGAGUUUGAUUUGUUGAAGGAGGUUGAUGCGCUUCGAAGGGCCAAGAGUAUGAGGAUCGAAGCCAAAGCUGUCAGGAAAUGGUCUGCUAGAGAUUUCGUUUCGCUUUUCUUCUUCUUCCUUUCUUGUCUUGCUGUUGGUCUUUCUAGGGUCAUCUUGUGUAAUUAGAAUCAAAAUUUGUUUUCUUUUAAUUGGGUAUUAUUUUCAUUUUAUUUUUCCUUUUGUUGGUUUUGGGGAUAUGGAGUAACAGAUUAAGUGCAGAAUACUCUGUUCUGCUUUUUGUAAUUUGGUAAACCCAUAAUUUAUGGUUAUAACAAUAACAUGAUUCAUUAGUCAUUGUUAAGACUAGUAAGUCAUUACUCCUGUUCUAGCAAUUUUGAAUAUCUUGUUGAUUGUAGGCUAGUAACUCAUUACUUUUUCGGUCGGGUUUGGACCGGGCUAUUAAUGAUCACCUCUAAUUAUUUGUAUACUUGGGCAAAUAUAAACAGAUGAGUAAAAAAAGCUGUUGAAUGAUCUC